ACCGUUAAGAGUUAACUUUGAUUAAGUUGAUUAAAAGUAUAAAGCUAAUUAGUGAUUGGGUGGAUAUAAACAAUAGAAAGUGUGAGAAAUUGUCUUAUAACCAUUAAAAUACUCAACAGAAACUUUUCCUUUAUCGUUUAUAGUUUGAUAAUUAAUUGAUUAUCGUAAGUGAGUUAAUCAUAUUCAAAAAAGAAACAGACAAAAGGAACAAGAUAAAAGCUAAAUAAGAACAUCAAUCUUUGUGAUUAUUUGAUUAUCUCUCUAAUCAAACAAGAUGGCGGAAUCACUUUCAUCGGAUGAGAAGAUAAAUAUUGAGACAACAGUUAAACCUUUUGCUUUAUUUUCACUUAAUUUUGAUGAUUACAACAUUGAGAAGCGAAAACAAUCAAGUGGAUUAACCAAAUUAUACCAUAAAGUGAUUAAAACCUUGAUAUUAUCCCUUCUGGUUCGAAGUAUCUUCGUCCUUUGGUACGAAGAUGAUUAUGUUCAAUUACUUCUUGGUUACAGUUAUAAAACUUUUCCGUAUCUCCAUUGGGUUAUCAUAUUUUAUUUGAUCUACACUUACGCUGUCCUUCAUGUUGGAGCUCGAUGCUGUCACACUAAUCUCUAUAAUCUUGAAUUCGUUGAAAUAUUUAAGCUUCUUAAUGGAACCAAAUUACCACAAGAACUUGGAACCAACAUUAAAGUUGUUGAAUCUCUGGCUCGUUACUCUCAUUCCAAAAUGGCUACUUGUCGUUAUGUUAUCGGUGUUCGAACUGUUAUUGGUUCAGUCGUUUUCGCAUCAAUCUAUCUUGAUGAUUCACCUCUCAUGAAACCAGGAACAUUUCAAGAAAUUGAUAUUCAUUCAGUUGCUUGGGCAGUUUUAUUAACCUUUUUCGUAUUCAUUUGCUCGGGUAUCAUUUAUGUGACCAUAAAUCUAUUCGAUAUUCUUGGUUAUUAUUUUCAACUUCGAUUUCAUAAAGUUAAUCAAGAUAUCGAAAGUAUAAUCACUGCUCGAGAAUCACCCGUUUCAAAUGUUAAAGUAAUCGAAUUGAUGAAACAAAUAUUAAUCGAACACGAUUCUUUAUGCUGGAAAUUAGAUCAUUACAAUCGCUAUUGGUGUCUAAUUGUUAUGAUCACUUUUUUCGUACAACCGACAAUCUUUGUCUACACCAUGUACGAAAUUUGCUUCAUGUACCAACCCUGGAGUGCGAUGAUCCUACUCUGGGCUCUUAACCUCGAAUCGGCUUAUAUAUUUACUCGAAUGUUCCUAAUCGGUGUUUCUUUAUCAGACGAAAUUCAUCAUGUUUACUUACGAGCUGUUCGAGCUUCUUUCGCCAAAUAUCCAUUGGAUCUUAGACUUCAGAUUCGAAUAUUUAUCCAAAGGAUAUCCGGAGCCACCAUAGGCUUCUAUUGUUAUGAUUUGUUUGGAUUAAGUCGACAUUCUUUCUACCAUGCAUUGGUUCAUAUGGGACAGAACUUUUUCCUCAUCAUCGAUUUCGUUGUCUCACAAAAACAAGCACGAGAACAAAUCGCCCUCGAAAGAGCCGCUCGAGCCGCCGCUUUGGGCAAUAUGGCCGGUUAGAGCUCGAUUGACCUUCUAGACGACCUUAAAACCACAAUCAUAACGCUGAAUGUACAUUAUAUUUAUUGAGGUUCCUUAAUUAUUACAAAAUUAAUCCAUUAUCCGGAAGAUGAGGAAAAAAAAAAUAUUCAUUGUAAAUAAUUGAUAAAGUUAAUUAUUGAGAAAUCAACUCAACUAUUAUCAUUACAUUAACUGAACCCACAAUCAACCUAAUCCCCUUCCAACAAUUAACUUAAUUAAUAAUCCAUUUUGAUUGACAGCACUUACCUUUUCUAUUGUUAAAGAAAUUUCAUUCAUUAAUCUUAAUUCAUUGGAAAACUAUUACAAACAGACAAUUAACUAAUUGAUUGUUCAAUCUAUUAAAUCAAUCAUAACUUUACUCUUUCUCUCCCAAUGCUAUUAACACACAACAAUCAAUUAAUUGUUGUGUAGCCAUUAUAAUUAUUGUUGUCCAAUCAAAAGAAACUCAAGAUUAAAUCAUAUUAAUAUUAUCAAUUUACUCUCUCAAAGAAUAAUAA